AUGUCUCAGCCAAGGACAAUUCUGAUCACUGGCUGCUCGGAUGGCAGCCUUGGUUCUGCGUUGGCACUGGCUUUGAAGCCACAAGGAUGGCGAGUCUUCGGAUCAGGCCGAGAUCUUUCAAAGUUAAAGGCCCUACAAGACGCCGGCAUCGAAUGCAUACAAAUGGACGUCAACUCUACUGAGUCCAUUUCAAAGGCCACAGAUGAGGUCAAGAAACUCACUGGAGGUUCACUGGAUGCUCUAGUCAACAACGCCGGUACUGGAUACAGCAUGCCCAUUCUCGACGUCGAUCUAGACAAGAUCCAUGAGGUUUUCGAACUCAACGUCUUUUCCAUCAUUCGAGUAACCAAGAUCUUCCUACCGCUGUUGGUUGAAUCUUCGCAUGGCGCCAUGCUUAUCAACAACACAUCUGCUUCAGGACUACUCUGCGUCGGGACCCCAUUCCAAGGCGCUUACGCAGCAUCCAAGGCAGCAGCAGUCAGCUUGACUGAGAGUUUGAGACUCGAACUUGGCCCUUUUGGUAUUCGAGUUAUCAACCUGUUGAGUGGUGCCGUCAACUCAACAUUCUUUGCCAACGCGCCCGAGGCCAAGCUCCCAAAGGACUCUAUUUACAGCAUCGCCAAGGAGGAAAUUGAAUCAACAAUGGCUGGGAACAUGCCAGGGAUCGUCAAGCCAGAUGUUACGACGUGGGCAAAACAGGUUGCUGCUGAUCUCACUCAACGCAAAGUACCCUAUCUGGUCUCCAGAGGCGGCUCAGCAGGGGCAGCACGAUAUGCCACCCUCUUCCCAAUGGGUACUUUUGAUAGCUUAACCAAGAAAAUAGGAGGAGUUGAUAUUCUGGAGCGCAAAUUGGAAGAGCAGAAGACAAAUUCCAAGACCAAGUGA